CUGAUAAACCUGUAGAGGAUCAUAAUGAUAAAUUUGGUGAAGCAUGUCUUCCAAAAAGUGCCUUUAUCGUUUUUCAAGCUUCCAGAAGAUCGAUAGAAGAGAAUCGUAACUAACAAGCCACUAAAACAGACGUAUUCGUAUGGAUUUGAUCAUCGAUUACUUUAUAACAAGGUUAUUGGUUAUCUUUUACCUGAUGAAGAAAAAUGUGUCUACGGAGAAAGUGGCGUUGCUAAUCGUUUGGAACAUAAAAUUUCGUUCUGUCACCGAUCGCAAGGUUUUAUUUUCUGCAAAAGACGCGAUAGAGAAAGUCAUCUCAUCUUGGAAUUAUCAGUGAAAGUUCAACUUAACUGGCUGUAUCGAAAAGAUUCAAUUACGGUGAAACAGGAAACCGGUAUACAUAUUUCGUUCGAAAAUUGCUUACAGAAAUAUGUCAAGGAUAAAAAUUCGCAUUAACGUAUUUGUUUUGUGUGUGCUGAAAAUUAUUACUUCUGAUCGACUCUUGUGACUAUUAAUCUUCAUUCGUUAUUAAUUUAAUAAGACUUUCAAUAUUCUUAGUAGCAAAAUGCAAAUUAGAAUAAUUAAUAGUAACAGGGAUAAUUAAUUAAUAAAUUUUACUAACAAUCUUGCAAAUUACAGUGAUCAGAAAAUUAAUCGAAUUCUACUAAGAAAUGAUAUCUCAACAUUCAUUUUAUACGAACUUGAUAAUCUUCGAAGAGAGGAUUACUAUACCAGCUAUGGAGAAAACUUGA